AUGGCGUUCGUCAACCUCAAGUCAAUCUCCCUUGUGGUCCUAUCGAGCCUGGCACCUUUGAUCUCGGCAUUGGGACAGCAGCCGAUCGUCUCGUUCGAGAGUGCUUCAGGCAGCUUCCAGAUUGCCGGAGGAGAUGUCGGGACAGGCCAAAUUCUCGUAUCAGACGAUGAUUACUGGGGCGUCAUUCGGGCAGCAGGCGACCUAGCCUUGGAUUUUGGCCGAGUCACCGGCACAAAUUACACGCUCAGCAAUGGCGGAAACAGCUCUAAGCCUGCUCUUUACACCUUCGCGCCAGUGGAUGUCACCAAUAACACCGUUUACCGAGUUCUAGACGAACAGUCAUUUUCCGGUCCCAACUACACCAAUCCAGCCCCCGAUCGCACCGUUGUCAUCGUCGGCACCAUUGGUCAUUCAAAGGUCAUUGACAGCCUCAUCAAGGCCCAGAAACUCAAUACGAGUGAGGUUGAAGGACAAUGGGAGUCAUUCGUCAGCCAACUGAUCGACGAGCCCAUUCCGGGAUGCUCCCGGGCCCUUGUCAUUGCCGGUAGUGACCCUCGAGGCACCAUCUACGGCAUCUACGACGUCAGCGAGCAGAUUGGAGUCAGCCCAUGGUACUUCUGGGCCGAUGUGCCGUCCAAGAAAGCGACUGAGAUCUACGCUCUGCCCGAACGUAAGGUCCAAGGAUCUCCUGCGGUCAAGUACCGUGGUUUCUUCAUCAACGAUGAGCAGCCUGGUCUGUCCAGCUGGGUUUCAACCAAAUGGAACGACACCUGGAAUGAUGCCGCAGGAUACAACUACCACUUCUACAGUCUCGUCAGCGAGCUUCUCCUGCGUCUCCGUGCCAACUACCUCUGGCCUACGCUCUGGGGAAGCAUGGUCUACGUCGACGACCCGCUAAAUCAACCCCUCCUCGACGCAUACGAAGUCGUUCUCGGUGGCUCUCAUACCGAGCCUCUCAUGCGCGCUCAAAACGAGUUUAGAACAUUCUACCAGGGCCAAUGGGCCUAUAACCUCAACAACAAGACCAUUGACGACUACUUCCGCUACGGCGUGCAGCGUGCCAAGCCCUACGCUCGCAACAGCCUGUGGACGAUGGCCAUGCGCGGCACGGGUGAUACCGCUAUUGAGGGCAACUUGGGAGUCGAAGGCAUCGUCAAGAUGCUGGAGGAGCUCGUGGCCAAUCAGCGAUCUAUUAUCGAAGAGGGACUUGGAAUCGACAGUGCCUCGGAGGUUCCGUCAUUGUGGUGCCUUUACAAAGAGGUCCAGUCGUACCAAGAAAAGGGCCUCGUCGUGCCCGAGGACAUCACUCUACUGUGGGCUGACGACAACUGGGGCAAUGUCCGAAGGCUACCACUGGUAAACGAGACUGACCGGAGCGGCGGUGCCGGUGUCUACUACCACUUUGACUAUGUCGGUGACCCGCGCGACUACAAGUGGAUCAACACGAUUCAGCUGGAGAAGACGGCGGAGCAGAUGUCUUUGGCGUAUGCCCGGAAUGCGCGCAGGAUCUGGAUUGUCAACGUCGGUGACUUGAAGCCGCUCGAGAUUCCCAUCAGUCACUUCUUCGACCUCGCCUAUGACACCGAGAAGUGGGGGGUUGACGGCACUGGCAAGUGGCUCGAGGCUUGGGCAACCAGAGAGUUUGGCGGCGACCACGCAGGCAACAUCACGGACAUUUUGACGCGGUAUGGCAUGUACGCUGCUCGCAGAAAGUACGAAUUGGUUGAGCCAAACACAUACUCAGUCAUCAACUACAACGAGGCAGACGCGGUUCUGGGCCAGUGGGCCACCCUCCGCGAGCAAGCUCAAGCCGUCUACGAUGCCCUCGCUGAGGAAUAUCAGGCGGCUUUCUUCGAGAUGAUUUUGCAUCCCAUCUCGGCUGGCGAGAUCCUGCACAAGAUCCAGAUCAACGGUGCGAAGAACCAGCUGUUUGCAGGACAGAAGCGCAACUUGGCAAACGAUAUCAUCGACGAGUCCAGGAAAUUACUCGAUGCGGACGCCGAGCUGACUAUUCGAUGGGAUGAACUGCUCGAGGGAAAGUGGCAGCAUAUGCUUGAUCAAACCCACCUCGGAUAUGAUGGUUACUGGCAACAGCCCAUGCGUAACACGCUCCCAGAUAUGCGCUAUGUUCAGACAGCCUUCCCAUCUCUGGGUGGCCAGAUUGGUGUCGGCGUCGAGGGGUCCAACGCCAGCGUUCAAGGUGACGACAAGUGGCACACCAACUCCGCCAACGACCUCGCCGUGCCCCCACUGGAUCCCUACGGGGCCAUCUCGCGCUACUUUGAGGUGUUUACCCGUGGCAAUACUGCAUGCCCUUGGACGGCCAGCCCUUGGCAGCCCUGGGUCAAGCUCUCCCAGUAUAAUGGCACGGUUGGCGGCAACAAUGGUACGGACAGUCGUGUCUGGAUCUCGAUCGACUGGGAGAAUGCGCCGACAGCUCCCAACGCGACGCAAGUGUACAUCAAUGUUACGACGCCGUGCAAAGGCAAAGAAAAGUACGCUGGAUCAGGACAGAGAGUCAUCGUGCCUGUUGUCAACCGGGCCGUGCCGUCCAACUUCACCAAGGGUUUUGUUGAAUCUGAUGGACAUGUUUCCAUCGAAGGACCGCACUACCAGAACAUCAUUGAGCCCAGCAACUCUACCAAGUUGAGCAACAGCAGCAGCAAACUCGAGUAUCACUUGUUUGAGAAUUACGGGCGCACGUUGGGUGGGAUUGGACUGUAUCCGCCCGAGUCGGAGAAGGUCAAGCUGGGUGAGGGACCGGCGCUGGAGUACCAAAUGUACCUCUUCAGCAACACCAGCAAAGCCAACGUCACGCUGUACAUCUCACCCACAUCCAACUAUCUCGGGGAUGGCAACCCUCUCGAGUAUGGCAUCUCGCUGUACCCGACCGGUGGAAGUGCACCACAGCCCAAGACAGUGCAACCGGUGGGCAAGACGCAGGGGCAGAACAUGCCGGAUGGAUGGGGCUAUGCCGUGGGGGAUGCGGUCUGGGGACUCACCGGCAACUAUACGACAACGUCCUUUAACGUGACGCAGGAGGGCGCGUAUACGCUUCGCGUGUGGGCGCUUCUGCCGAACAUUAUCGUGCAAAAAGUUGUGGUUGACCUUGGUGGUGUGAGAAAGUCGUACUUGGGACCUCCCGAGAGUUUUUUGCUUGGACGCGAUGAGCAGGGCGCCGUCAAGCGGACCGCCUUUACAGAGACACCGGGAAUUGUUGGAGGAACUGCGGACUAG